AUGAUCAUAAAUUAUAUUCAACUUCAGAUAUCAAGUCUCCUGGCUUCAACUGGGAUUGAUGAAUGUAAUUUAAAGAUAGUAAUAUGUGCUUUAUUAUCUUUUCCAUUUAAUGGAAUCUUUAAGCGACUACCAGAUCAAAACUAUACCUUGAAACAUAUUUACAUCCUAGGUGUUUCUUCAAUAUUCAUUUUUGUCAUACUUCAAUUGGGUUCAGGGUUAAGAACUUUGCUCAUUUCAUCGAUUGGAUGUUAUUUCAUUACUCGGUAUUUGACAACUCCAUACAUGCCUUGGGUGAAUUUUUUGUUUUUGAUGACACAUCUUUUCCAUAACCAUAUAAAUGCUCAGUUCUUUAAUGAAUACGACCCAACUAAAGUGGACAUAUUGGGUGCACAAAUGGUUAUGGUCAUGAAACUAAGCGGUUUUGGCUGGAAUGUGUAUGAUGCUAGACAACCGAAGGACAGUCUCACUCCAUAUGCUAGAAGUAGGAUGGUGAAAAAGCACCCCAAUAUUUUACCAUUCCUUAGCUACGUUUUUUACUAUGCAUCUCUAUUGACAGGUCCAGCUUUCGACUAUGCUGAUUAUGACAAAUUUAUACAUGCGACCCUCUUUGACGACGUUCCUGAAUCAAAACGACCUGGGAAAGGUAAAAGGAAAAUACCUAGAAGUUUCAUAGUUUCCAUGAAGAAGACCUUUCAGGGAUUCUUUUGGGCAAUUUUAUUAAUACAGUCACCGAAGUAUGUCAAUGUGGAAUAUGUGCUUGAUGGAAGACUUUACGCUGAGCAUUAUUUUACAUACAGAAUCUUUUAUUACUGGGUGCUCGGUUUUUCUUACAGGCUCAAAUACUAUACAAUAUGGCUGAUAGCCGAAGGAGCAUGUAUCCUUGGGGGCAUUGGUUACAAUGGUUACGAUGCCGAGACGGACUCUUUUCGCUGGAAUGCCGUUCAAAAUAUAGAUCCUUAUGCCUUUGAAACUGGUCAAAACGUUCAUGUUUGUUUGGAAGCAUGGAACAUGAAUACUAAUAAGUGGCUUAAAAAUUACGUCUAUAUGCGAGUUGCCAAACCAGGAAAAAAACCUGGCUUCAAAAGUACCUUGUUCACUUUCACAACUAGCGCUAUCUGGCAUGGUACAAGACCAGGAUACUACAUGGUUUUUGUCAUGGGUGCCUUUAUGCAGUCAUUAGGUAAAAUCUACAGGCGUAACCUCCGCCCUAUAUUCUUACAGAAGGAUGGCAAAACUCCUAAGAAGAGCAAAAAAUAUUACGAUAUUGUUUGUUACCUCACUACUCAAUUAACAUUUGGCUUCGUGGUCCAACCAUUUGUUAUUUUAGAUUUCAAGAAAUCGAUUUAUGCCUGGUCUAUAUGCUACUUCUAUGUUCAAAUAGCUAUAUUUGUUACAUUUUUUCUCUUCAAAGGCCCUUACGGUAAAAAACUUGUUCUGUGGUGCAAGCGCCACCAAGAUGUUAAUCAGUUAAGAAAGGAAGAUUCCAAAAAAAUCUUCACAAAGCAAGAAAACGAAAAAAUUCAAACUGCUAUCGAUAUGCUACUUGCAAGCAAAGAUAUGGAUUUGGAAACAGCUCCACCUUUGGGAAUUCCGUCUAUUGAAACAUUACAGUCAGUAGAUAAGGAAGAGUUAGAAAGCUAUGUUAAAGAAUUGAGUGACGUAUGGGCGUCCUUCAAAAAUAGGGAUAGCGAGCUCGGAGGAUUGAGAGAUGCAUACAAUAGCUUUGCAACGGAGGUUAACGAAAUUUACCAGAAUAGAAAGGAAGAGCUUAUGAAAAUGCACAAAACUUAG